AUGCCAACUGCAUGUGGUAUUAUGAAUGAAAAUCAAUAUCCUAUUGCCAAUAAUGCAGUAAUGGAUGGUGAUGACAAUGAAAGUGAUGAUCGCUUAGUGAAUACGGUUAGUGAAAAAAUCGGUCAGCUGCAGUCACAAAAGCCAAUUUCAAGUGAUGGAUAUGCUAGAAUCAAGGAAGAAUAUUUAGUCGAUCUCCAUAGGAAUGCUCCAUCUAACGGUUUAAAAAAGACAACACGUGAUGAAUCCGGUAAGAAAAUUAAGCUGAGAGGUGUGAACCGAGAACGUGGCAGACAAAUGACAAAGGCACGUGCUGAAAUGCGUAAACAAAACGUGAAGUUGUGUCCUUCGCUGAUCUCGAAUAAAGAAUGUAAAUUCGGUGAUAAAUGUAAAUCGCUACAUUCACUUGAUGAGUAUCUGAGUGUCAAACCACCAGAUCUUGGUGACUCAUGUUACAUCUUCGAUCAAAGAGGUCAUUGUCCGUUCUCGUACGCUUGUAGAUUCGCAGAUGCGCAUACCGCUGAGGACUUAUCGCAAAAGCGAAAAGAAGCAGCUGAUGGAUAUUCAGAAACGUUAAACGUUAACUCAAUGCAAAUCCAAAAAGCAUUACGUAAAAAGGAAUAUGAUUUCACAAAAUCCCAAAAUGUAAUCAUUUCAUUCAAUAUUUGUAUUUCUGUGCAAUUCAUGAAUAUUUCAUCGAAUAAUAUUUAUCCAAAGGCCUUACAAUUAGACGAAUCGGAACAACUCAUCGGUUGUGUGGAACGAGAGAAGCCGAAAUUGGAUAUGCGAACCCUAUCUGGCAAACCGUAUUUGUCACCUCUUACCACUCUCGGUAAUCUACCUUUUCGACGUUUAUGCGUUGAUUUGGGUGUGGAAAUAACAUGCAGCGAAAUGUGUUUAUGCACAAGUCUCUUAAGCGGUACGGCAUCGGAAUGGUCUCUACUAAAAAGGCAUCCAUCCGAGAAAAUAUUUGGUGUUCAAUUGGCUGGUGGGUUUGCGGAUACGAUGUGUCGUGCAUCGCAGAUUAUUAGUGAGAAUAUGGAAUGCGGUAAAACGUCGAUGGCUGAUGCACACAUUUUCAAGGUUGAUUUCAUUGAUAUCAACUGCGGAUGUCCAAUAGAUAUGAUCAACAAUAAAGGUGCUGGUUGCGCAUUAGCAUCAAAAGCUAGUAAGCUGAAUGGAAUGGUGAAAUCAAUGAGAGCAGUCAUGAGCGAUUUACCGAUCAGUGUCAAAUUGAGAACCGGAUUGAGGGAGAACGUGUACACCGCUCAUAAAACAAUCGCACAGCUAGUAUCAGGAAGUGUGCCUGAUUUGGUCACUCUUCACCCAAGAUCGAAAGAACAAAGGUACACAAAGUUGGCCGAUUGGGAGUACACACGUGACUGUUCUGAAGCAGCUGGUGAAGUACCGUUUUGGGUGUGUGGCGAUGUUCUAUCCCAUCACGACUACUACAACGCACGUUUAAGACUGAAAAAUUAUCCAGUGGAUGGAGUGAUGAUAGGUCGUGGUGCAUUGAUAAAGCCGUGGAUAUUCACUGAGAUAAAAGAACGUCGUGACUGGGAUAUAUCUGCAACGGAGCGUUUGGAAUUUAUUCAGCGUUUUGUGAACUACGGUCUUGAUCAUUGGGGUUCAGAUGAUGAAGGUGUUGAGAAGACAAGAAAUUUCUUAUUAGAAUGGUUAUCAUUUGCUUAUCGCUAUAUUCCGGUUGCAUUACUUGAGGUGAUCCCGCAGCGUAUCAACGAAAGACCGCCUGCAUUUCGAGGUCGAAAUGAUUUGGAAACGUUACUGGCAAGUGAUUUAUCGCAAGAUUGGAUCAAAAUAUCGGAAAUGUUCCUCGGUAAAGUGAAAGACGGUUUCUUGUUCAUGCCGAAACACAAUGCGAAUGCUUAUGGCAGUGAAUAUGCGUGUACGCACCCGGUUGAAUAG